AUGAAACAGAAAUACGCAGUGGUGUUCGAGCGAAGUCCGAAUAACUACGGCGCAUACGUGCCAGAUCUGCCUGGCUGCGUAAGCGUCGGCGAUACUUGGGAAGAGAUGCAGGAGAUGAUCAAGGAGGCGAUUACCUACCACAUCGAGGACAUGCUGGAAUGCGGCGAGCCGUUACCGCAGCCCCAAAUGUCCAUAGAGCAGGCAAUCGCUUUCCACAACCAACCUCUUCCUGAGUGUGUAAAGCAGUCUCUCGCCGAGUUCGGAGAAGUUGACGGCACCAACGACCCUGAGUUUCCGCCAAGGUUCGGCAUGGUCGAAGUCGAGAUAAGUGUGCCGCACUCCGUUAAGGCAGUUUGA